AUGACAGACAACACAAAACAACCCAACAACAACGACAAUUUAGUUCCUGACCCCUCAAUUCUUACCGAUUUGGAAGCCCAUGCCAGAUCAAUCGCCUCAAAUUUGGAUAUGACUUUAAGAGAUUUGAGAGGUUCUCUACACGGAAUGAGCGAUUUAACUAGCGAAUCUAUGCAAGUAUUUAAUAAUAUAGUUACUUCUACUUGCGAUCAAGUAGAUUCUGCAAUUCGUUCGACUUAUGCAAUGUUGGCUAAAGCUGAGGAAUUUAGUGAAUCAAUGAAUGGAAUGCAAAAUAUUUUUCAGCAAAUGUAA